UAACGCACAGCUUAAGAAGACGGAAGAGAAGCGAUUUGUUGUUUUAUUUUGUCGUGCACAAAAUGGGGACUUUUGUCUGCUCCGUCUGUAUGGUGGGGCUUCUGGUCCUAUUGCCAGCCUCGUCGGCUAAUCCCGAUGUUUUCACCAGUGUCUUGGGAAGCACCGCCUCAUGCCACAAAUCAUGUGAAAUGACCUACAGUUUGCACACUUAUCCCCGGGAAGAGGAACUCUACGCCUGUCAGAGAGGAUGUCGUCUUUUCUCCAUAUGUCAGUUUGUUCGUGACAGCGAUGACCUGAAUCAGACCAAAUCGGAAUGUGAAUCUACAUGUCAUGAGGCCUACACCAAGUCGGAUGAGCAGUACGCAUGCAAUUUGGGCUGCCAGAAUCAGCUUCCAUUUGCAGAGCAACGCCAGGACCAGUUGGAAUCUAUGUUGCCCAGAAUACACAUGUUGUACCCUCUGGCUCUGGUCAGAGGAUUUUGGGACGACGUCAUGAGUCAGGCCCACAGCUUCAUCACUUCCACAUGGACGUUCUACCUCCAAGCUGAUGACGGGAAAGUUGUUAUCUUUCAGACUGAGCCUGAGGUCAGCUUUUUCCCCUCAUUCGAGCUGGAAAAAGAUGUUAAAAUGGAGCCAGAGAGCAGCUCCCCUGCACUUGGCACCAUAGUUUUCAAAGAUUACCAACGCACCUUAAUCCAGCAGAGGGACCGAGACAUGACUGGAGAUGACACCUAUUAUGGAGAGUACAACUUUUUCAGCUGUCUGUCAAGGAACCCUUGGCUACCAGGUUGGAUCCUGAGCACAACUCUCAUUCUGUCUGUGUUGGUCCUGAUCUGGAUCUGCUGUGCCACCGUGGCCACUGCUGUCAACCAAUACGUACCAGCUGAGAAAUUGAGCAUUUAUGGAGAUGGAGACGAAGCCAAAGAAAAGAAGCUGAUACCAUAUCCAGCAUCUUCCCUGCUGAUCAUCACGGCAAAAGAAGAAGAGGCCGGACCUCUGCCACACAAGGUGAACCUGGGCCAAACCAACAUCUAGUUGGCUCAACUGUGCUGCAGAAAAGGGAUGUGCUUCUUAUGUUCGUGGAGGAAGUGAAGUACUCACCGAAUAUUUUGUAUCCUGGGUGUGCGUGUCGUCCCUCUUGUGACGCUUUUAAAAAUUGGAACAAUGUGUGUUUUCUCUGUAUAUACUGUAGGUAUAAUUGAGGCAUUAUAAUAUUUUGAUGGAAAUGUAGCUCAAAUAGGUUUGGGGCUUCUCUGUAGUUUACAAGUAUCCAUUGGCACUGUGUGUACUUUAUUAAAAGUUUAAAUAAAUUGCUCAAGGAAAACUGAAAUGAGUCGUAGGUAAAAUCUCAACAUUGAUGCGAAAACUGUGCUAAUGUUGCAGACACUCUUCUGCUUCUUUCUACUGCCAUGAUAACCUUACUGAAUUUUAAAUGGGAUCCUGUGCUCUUGAUUUUAAUGAGUGAUGAUGGUACAUGCAACAGGUAUUUUCUAUUUUGCUGUCUCUUGACAUAAUGAAGACCUAAAAUAAAGUGGAGUGAAGUUGUUGAA